CGCGAGAUCAGAGGCUUAUAAAAGCGGUGCCGGGCGCACCACCCUCGCCUUCUCCAGUGCGUCCUCACGUGUUCCUGUUUUCUCCGAACUAGUCCGCGGAGCCUAGCUGUUACUGUCAACAUGGCGGCGGGAAAUGCCAAGAUUGGGUACCCAGCCCCCAAUUUCAGAGCUACAGCUGUUAUGCCAGAUCGGCAGUUCAAAGACAUCAGCCUUUCCGACUACAAAGGAAAAUACGUUGUGUUGUUCUUCUACCCCUUGGACUUCACAUUUGUGUGCCCCACGGAGAUUAUUGCAUUCAGUGAUCGAGCUGAAGAAUUUAAGAAACUCAACUGCCAAGUAAUUGGUGCUUCUGUGGAUUCACACUUCUGUCACCUUGCCUGGGUCAACACGGUCAAGAAGAAUGGUGGACUGGGAGCUGUGAAUAUCCCAUUGAUGUCUGACCCCAAACGAACCAUUGCUCAAGAUUAUGGCGUCUUAAAGGCAGAUGAGGGAAUUUCAUUCAGGGGUCUCUUCAUCAUUGAUGACAAAGGGGUCCUUCGCCAGAUCACCAUCAAUGACCUGCCUGUGGGCCGCUCUGUAGAUGAAACUCUGCGGCUUGUCCAGGCCUUCCAGUUCACAGACAAGCAUGGUGAAGUGUGCCCUGCUGGCUGGAAACCGGGGAGUGAAACCAUCAAGCCCGAUGUUCAGGGGAGUAAGGAAUACUUCUCCAAGCAGAACUGAGCUGCUCUCUGCUGCUGUGGAUGUCUCUCUCCCCCCCCCCCAUAGGGUCUGCCAGCUCACUAGCCACCGUCUGCUGGACAAACAUGCUUGAUCUUCCCCAAGCUUCCAGCUAGAAGGCCUUCACAGAGGGAGUCCACACAGGGUGGGCUAGCUGGGCAUGCUCUGUCCCCAUGGGGCCUGGCUCAUUCAGCUCAUUCCUCCCUCCCUCAGGGCAGCAGCUAGCUGGCUGAGCCUGCUGGGUCUUUCUCACUCCUGAUGACUAAGUACUGUGUUGAUGACCAAGUGCUGUGUUCACAGUGUUUGUACCAGAGUCACUCCUUUGGGCUUGAGCCCAUCUGAUGUUUUGUAGCUCUAUUAAACUUGUCCUAAGGAAAAAAAA